AGUAGUUCUCAUUUCUUACUUGAGUUCGGCAUCAGUUAGUCUUCAUUUUCAAGUCAUGGCACCGAUGGCAAAUCCGGCUCCAGCUGUGGAGAAAAUGGAAGUGGAUGAGCCGGCAAAACCUGCAGAAGAGAAAGAACCACCAAAGGAUUUGAAUGCUAUUGCAUUGGAGAAUAUCAAGGAACACUGUAGCCUUCUCGACAAAGGUGAUAUCCACUUCGUUGCUCGUGUGCUUCAGGUGCUACCAAAAACAAGGAAACAGUGCAAUGUAGAGGUGCUCCAUCGCUUGAUUACAAGUCUGAUACCAUCUCCAUCCGUGCGUAAGGAUGCUCUUCUUGCUUGGGUCCCUUGCAGCGUAUCGGUAGCAAUGGAGGUUGACACAAAGCUUGCUCCCACACCUGCACCGGGAACUUCUACCGUAAAGUCACCGCGCGCGGCUCGUAAAGCUUCAACUGCGUCACCAGAAGCUGAACUGUACAUCCACCUUCUUGUUCUGCUAUAUCUUGUCGACCAAAAUAAACUGGAUGAAGCCAAGAAAUGCGCAGAGAUGCUAAUUGCCCGAGCUGAUGCACUAGACAAAAGAUCUCUUGACCCACUGGUGGCCAAAGGUAUCUUCUACUUGGCUUUAAUCUACGAAAGGCAACAUAAAUUGCAUGAGCUUGGAUGUUUCUUGAACUCCCGACUUCGCACGGCAACCCUUCGUCGCCAAAGAGAAUCACAAGCGGUGCUCAUCUAUACCCUUCUCCGUUGCUAUUUGAUCAACAAGCAAUUUCAAUCAGCAGCCAAACUCGUUUCAAAGGUGACUUUCCCUGAAGGGGCCAAUAACAAUGAUCUUGCCCGCUUUUUGUACUAUCAAGGACGCAUAAAAGCGCUCCAGCUUGACUACAUUGCUGCUGCUGGUUACUUCUUGCAGGCCAUGCGAAAAGCACCACAAGAAGCUGCCAUAGGAUUCAAGCAGAAUGUGCAGAAGUGGAUUAUUGUGAUUGGUCUGCUUCAAGGAGAAAUACCAGAGCGUUCCAUAUUCCGUCAGCCUAUUUAUCGAAAAUGUCUACACCCAUAUCUCGAGCUUACCCAAGCCGUUCGCCUGGGAGAUCUUGCAAAAUUCAACGCCGUUGUGAAAAAUCAUGGACCAGAGUUUGAACGAGAUGAGACUCUCACCUUGAUAGUCCGACUACGACAAAAUGUCAUCAAGACCGCUGUGAAACAGAUCUCAUUGGCUUACUCGAGAAUUACCAUAAAAGACAUCGCCAAGAAACUUGGGAUGAGCAAUGAAGUAGAGACGGAGUACUUGGUUGCCAAAGCUAUAGCAGAUGGUGCCAUAGAUGCUGUGAUCACUUGCGACACCAAAGAUGGCGAAAGGUUCAUGCGAAGUUCAGAAACUGUCAAUGUCUACACCACAACUGAGCCUCAAAUGCAUUUUGACAGCAGGAUCAGAUAUUGCCUCGAACUGCAUAAUCAAGCUGUAAAAGCUUUACGCUUCCCCCCAAAAAAUAAAUGUGAUGUGGAAAGCAUAGAAGCACAACGAGAAAGGGAACAACAGGAGCUUGAAUUUGCCAAGGAGAUGGCUGAUGAAGACGACGAGGAUUUUUAAAAACCUGGUAUUAAUGUGUAAAACUAACUAUAUUGUGUGUUCUUGUGUACAAUGCUGUUGUAGAAUGAUUUUCACGUCGCAUCCUUUAAUAUAAAUUAUUUUUUUUA